AUGACGGAUGGAAUUGAGUGUUUGGCCAGUAGGGCCACAUUAUGGUUUGACACCUAUAGCGAAGGGGUGAAAGCAAGCCUGGAAAGGAGGCAAUCCUUGAACCACGUGGCAAUUAACGCCGCAAGAAAGCAAAGACUACAUGCUAGCAUGACGAUUUACGUUGAAAGCUUAUGGCUUGGCUUCAUUGUCAUCUCCAAUGCCAACACCCACUAG